AUCGGCGCAGGCAAAAAGCCGCUGCCGCCGCUGGCUGCUUAAGGAAGCUCUUCAUCUAAGCCGAGCUGCAACGUGUCCCGGAGCGGUCGCUUUACCCUUCGCUCCUCAGGGUUGCUUUUGCAUUGGGACGGGCGGAGCGAGGAAGAGCGAGCUGUGGCGCUACAUCUUCGCAGCCGCGCCAAGGCAGGGAAGACGCGAGGAGAAGCGAGCCCACCCCCUGACCCCACUCCCCCUCUCUCUGCCACCUUUGAUUUUUGGAAGUUGCGGGGUGGUGGAUUUUGUCGGCAUGAUGAAGGGUUGUCAAAACGACUGCGCAGCUGGAUGCAUGGGGGCAACCGCAAAACAUGCGAUUGAAUCUUUCAAGGCUGCUGAUCUAAUCAUCACCCCGUCUACGACUUUCAAAGAAAAGCCGGACCCAAAUGGCCUGGUGUUUGGAACCGUUUUCACAGACAACAUGCUCUUCAUAGAGUGGUCGUUAACUUCAGGGUGGGAGAAGCCUCACAUUAAACCUCUGGAGAACCUCUCUGUGCACCCUGCCAUAUCAGCUCUUCACUAUGCCGUAGAACCAAGAGGACUGACAGAGGCGAAACUUCUCCAAAUGCUAUGGCUCAAUGAAUAUACACUGUUCGAAGGCAUGAAGGCCUACCGAGGAGUGGAUGGCAAAAUCCGCUUGUUCCGUCCAGGGCUCAACAUGGACAGGAUGUUGCGAUCAGCUCUGCGAGCAACUUUGCCAGGAUUUGACAAAGGAGAGCUUUUGGAGUGUAUCCGGAAACUAGUGGCAGUCGAACAGGAGUGGGUGCCGUAUUCGACCUCUGCAAGCUUGUAUAUUCGUCCUACUUUAAUUGGGACAGAGCCCUCCCUUGGAGUCAAGAAGCCUUCGAAAGCUCUCCUUUAUGUGAUACUGAGCCCUGUGGGCCCCUACUUUUCAAGCGGAAGUUUCAAUCCCAUCUCCUUGUGGGCAGAUCCAAAAUAUGUCCGAGCCUGGAAAGGAGGGACUGGGGACUGCAAAUUGGGAGGGAACUAUGGGUCUUCAAUCUAUGCCCAGCGCGAAGCUAUGGAAUUAGGGUGCCAGCAAGUUCUCUGGCUGUAUGGGGAUGACCAUCAAAUUACGGAAGUUGGGACCAUGAAUCUCUUCCUGUACUGGCGAAAUGAAGAUGGAGAAGAGGAGUUGGCAACCCCACCUCUCGAUGGCAUCAUUCUUCCUGGUGUGACAAGGCAGAGCAUUUUGGACUUGGCAGGCACGUGGGGAGAAUUUAAAGUGUCAGAGCGAUACAUUACCAUGAGCAAUCUGAGAGCUGCCUUGAAGGACAACCGAGUGAAGGAGAUGUUUGGUGCUGGAACAGCUUGCGUUGUGUGCCCCAUUUCUACAAUAUUAUACCUUGGUGAGAAUUUGCACAUUCCAACCAUGGAGAAUGGACCUCAAAUGGCUACCCGUUUCUUGAACCAGCUGGGUGAUAUCCAGUACGGAAGAGAAGACAGCGAGUGGACGAUUGUGGUGUCCUGAACGUGAAGAGCAGCGAAGGUUCGGACCUUCUGGCCACACUACAAGGCAGGCUGAACUACCACCUAAAACGAUGACCAGUUUUGCCGUAGCUCUGCGUAGAGUAGUCUCUGUGUGUUUAUCACUUUGUCCCUGAGCUGGGAGGGUGAUUGUUUCCAUGUCACAGGGAGUGUGAACACAAAUCAUUUUUUAAAAUUAUUUUCUACUGUGAUAUUUGCUCUAGAAUAGAAACCUGUCUUCUUGUAGAGGUGCUAGUGUAAGCAAUAGACACUUUCCUAAAUGGUUUCCUUGGUGCCCCUUGUGUCCCUGGUAUAGUCGACAGGUGUGGGGUUUUUUUAAAAAAAAAAUGUUCUUCAACUGCUCUUCAGUGCAAGCCAAAUACUUUUCUCCUUUUCUUAGCUUUUAAAGCACAGACUAAGCUGUUACAUGCAGGGCAAUUGCCAAAGACUCAAAGAAAACCUUCGCUAAUCUCUGAGUCUUCUCUUCAUUUCUAACCUUGAAGAUCAUGAAAUUAUUAUUAUUAUUAGCAUGAUUAGCAUUUAUUGCCUGCCCUUCACCCAAAGGUCCCAGGGCAGGUUACAACAACCUUAAAACACAGUGUUAAAAAGAAUUAAAAACAACCAGAAUCACAAAAUAGGGUGGGUCCUAAAAAUACACAUCUCAGGUGUCAAAGGUCCCAGGGCAGGGACAGCUCUGCGCUCUGAGGUAUUGUGCGGAACCCGGCUGUCUGAAUUAGGGAUACCCGUUGCGCGUCAGCUACCCCAUCCAUUGCAUUUUGAGAGAGCUGCCAGAUAAUCUGCUGAUCAUGCAGUCUAUCACACUUUAAAUCCCUUCUGGUGAUCCAGUUCCGUGUAGCUUCUACAAUGCAGUGAUUGCACAGCUUGAUCCUAGAAGCACGUGGCUGUGGAGCCUCGUAAUUCAUUGCCCCUUCCUCUCACAAUGUGGUUCUGCUCCCCUCCUGUAACGCUGGAAAGGUCAAACAAGUUGGAGAGAGAACCUAGUUAUUUGAAUGUAGCCUUAAUCAACUAGAAGAACCAACAAGGUGCUCUCUCAGGCAUUCUGAGAUGUUGGAGAGCGUCUAGCUCAGAAUGGGCAAGCAUCAGGCUUGGAAGAUCUACUUUGGGAUUUUUAUGCUAGAACCCCAAGAUCCACCAACCACAGCUAGUUUCAAAAUAGUGUCAGGGAUGGAAGGCAGAGCCAUCUGCAAAAUGGAGGCUUAGGGAGGGGAGAGCUCACCACCUACUGUACCCUCUGAGCCACACAGUAGAAUGACCUGCAUUUACAAGUACAAAUCUAUAUCUGAGUUACUACAGAACAGGGAUUCUACUUUAGAACACAACACCAUUUUCUUAUUGCCACUGUUAAACAGUUGGGAGACAGAAACACUUGUCCCUCUGUUGCAGACGGAUCCAGCAAUGAAGUAGUAGAUCCCAGUCUGCCUUCUGACCAUCCUGAUCUAGACCAUGCUGCCCACAUCUCAGACAUCUGAAAGAUUUAUUCAGUGGACAAUGCAGGAGGCUGGAGGAGAAGUGAUGUUUUUGUGUUGUCCCCCUUCUUUGAUGCCUCUCUUCCUUUCUGAUCGCUCCUGGAUUGCUCUAACUUUGUCCAUAUUUUCACAGCUCUGAAAUUACAAUGCUUCCACAUAGUGGUAUGUUGCGGAUUCAGUACAAUGCCCUCAUUAAAAUGUCACGUCUCACGCCCACUCCAGAUUCAAUCUGGAUUUACUGUUUUUAUUGAGUUUUUUACUUACCAAAUUUCUGUGCAAUCAGUAAAUCUGGUUUAAACGAAAAAUAAUGUGGAAUAGCAUUCAAACAAGAAUGAUGUCAUGUGGGUGCUGCAUAAGACUUGCAUGUAGUGGUGGGCGAAUUUGUCCAUUUUGGUUUCAUUCAGUUUCUCAUUUUUUUCAAAUCUUAUGUUCAAUUCUCCACAAUUUCACAUCAGUUUGCGAUUAAAAAAAACAAAACUGAAAAUUCAUCGGCAUUUUAGUGCAUAUUUCUCCUGAUAUACACAUUUUUGUAUGCACUUUUGAGCAAUAUCCUCAUUUUUGGAAAGCAAUGGCCCUAACAUAAUGCAUUUUUGUAUGCUGUUUUCACUAAUUUUGGCAUUUUUAUGGACACUUCAGCCUCAUAUAUGCAUUUUUGUCCAUGUUACUUGGCUGGAGAACUGCGUUGCAAAAUUCGUAGAGUUGCGAAUUUUGAAGGAUGGCCAUGUUUCGGUUCACGUAUUGUUUCGGAAAGUGCCAAUUAGGUUGGUUUUUCCUUUACAUGUGAACUGAAUCCAUUUUCUCCUCCAUCCCUUCUCACUUGCAUGAGCAGCACUACACCCACAAGAAACUGCUGUGUGGAAGCACCCCAAUUGCUUUGGUUGUUUUUAUCCUUCUCUCCCCCAACCCUCAAAUCAGUGUUGCCAUUUAUUAAAUGAGAUGUUCAGCUCAUAGCUCACCCUUCCUGAGCUAGCUUUAUGACAUCUCUUGCCAAAGAAGUUGCUUACUACAGUGUUCAGCAUGCUCACAUGCCAUGAUCCAGAUAUUUAUUGAGUUAACAUUAUCA